CGAAGUGUGCGCACCUUGUACUGAGCCCUAGUUUGUGUGAUCCUCAGAUGGCGGGUGAGAAGGCGCCCGCGGAGAAGAAGCCGGCCAAGAAGAAGGCAGGAGAGAAGAAGCCGGAGCAGAAGCCGAGCCAAAAGGCAGCCGGGGACAAGAAAAAGAGGGUGAAGAAGCACCAUGCCAGCAGGAACCCUGUCCUGGCCCGCGGCAUCGGGCGGUAUUCCCGCUCCGCCAUGUACGCCAGGAAAGCCCUGUACAAGCGCAAGUACACGGCUCCAGAGACAAAGAUAGAAAAGAAGAAGAAGGAGAGGCCCCGUGCCACCAUCACUAAGCCAGUGGGUGGAGACAAGAACGGAGGCAGCCGGGUGGUUAAAAUCCGGAAAAUGCCCAGGUACUACCCCACGGAGGACGUGCCCCGCAAGCUGCUGAGCCACGGCAAGAAGCCGUUCUGUGAGCACAAGCGGCGGCUCCGCGCCUCCAUCACCCCGGGCACGGUGCUCAUCCUGCUCACCGGGCGGCACCGCGGCAAGCGUGUUGUCUUCUUGAAGCAGCUGGACACUGGCCUUCUGCUGGUUACAGGCCCCCUGGUUGUCAACCGUGUCCCCCUGCGUAGGGCCCACCAGAAGUUUGUUAUUGCCACAUCUACAAAGGUUGAUCUCACUGGAGUGAAAAUUCCCAAACAUCUCACUGAUUCCUACUUCAAGAAGAAGAGGCUGCGGAAGCCCAAGCACCAGGAAGGCGAGAUCUUUGACACUGAAAAAGAAAAAUACGAGCUGACGGAGCAGCGCAAGGCAGACCAGAAGGCCGUGGAUUCCCAGAUCCUGGCCCGGAUCAAGAAGGUGCCUCAGCUCCGUGGGUACCUGCGCUCCACCUUCUGCCUCUCAAAUGGAGUCUAUCCUCACAAAUUGGUGUUCUAGGCCUUCUGAAAGCACCACAUUAAAUUCCAAGGGAAAAAAAAGCAAGGA